GGGAUUCCCAUAUCAAUAAAUGUUUACAUAAAUUUUUCUGAGAUUGUGACAGAGGCUUGAAAAAGUUUUAUUUUUUGCUCGAGACAGAUUUGUGGUAACUAUUUAUUACGUCAUAAGUUUAUCACGGGCAAUUUAUAAAUUUGAGUGCAACAGAAUGAAUUAUGGGAAAUAUCGGAUUUUGUAUGGAGGUAUUUUAGUUAAAGUCACAGUUGGAAAGAGACACUUGCUCAGCGAUAACAUGUGCUGUAACAUCAUUUGGAUUUACGCUUGUUCGUUAUUCUAAUCGCUCUUUAACAAUUGAUAAAACUUUUACUGGAUUUUUAUUUUUUAAACUAUAAGAUUACAUUUAAAUUGUCUUGUUGAAUUUAAGUUAAUAAGAUUUUUUUUCAUCAUAUUUUGGAAAUUAUAUGAAAUUGAAUCCGGUCAUCGGAAAAAGAUUAUGACUAAUUCAAGUAUGCCGGCACCGGCGGUCGAUGGUUCUGACGUUGCGUUUCAGCAAUACAUGUAUAGUUACGACGACUAUGAUUAUUUAUUGAUGAAUUACACUUACGAUUACCCGAACGACUCUUCAAUAACUCAUCUACCUUUAGAUGAAUUUGUUCCUAUGGUUACGGUUUAUACCCUUAUAGGCUUGUUGGGCAUCAUCGGGAAUCUGCUAGUAAUUUUCUCCAUCAUAAAAGUUAAAAGAAUGAGGAGUAUUACAAACCUGUUUCUACUCAGUCUUGCAACUGCCGAUCUUCUUCUAGUGUGUGUCUGCGUUCCUGCAAAGGCAAUAUCGUCCUAUUCCUACACGUGGACAUUGGGAUUGUUCAUGUGUAAAUUUGUGUACUAUAUUCAAGCUGUGUCAAUGAUUGGGUCAGCACUUACACUAACAGUGAUGAGCAUAGAAAGAUUCAUUGCUAUCCGGUAUCCACUAAAGGCCCGUUCUUUGUGUACGAAACGACACGCAAGAAUUGUGAUUAUUUCAACUUGGGUGACGUCAUUUGCUACCGCUGUUCCAACAAUCUUUGCUAUUCAAUAUCGAGAGAUCGUCGGCAUUCAUCGCACUGCUAUUUGGUGUCACAAGUACUGGGAAGAAUCACCCAUGUUUGGUAAAGCGUACGAGUUAUACAUGUUACUGUUGAUUCUAGUUAUACCGUUUUCUGUGAUGAUAAUUACAUACACUUGGAUUGCUAAUAUAGUGUGGCACGUGGCUACACGCAGAGCUGAUAUGCGAUCUGGCAGUUGUAUAUCCGAUGCAAGUGGUGAGAAACCAGUUCUAACCCCGGCAGCGGAGACACAAAUAAAACCUCCUGUAGUGCCUAUAACUUCGCCAUUGUCGGUGGGACCAACAAGCCGGGCUUCUACAGAUGAUGAUAAAACUCGUAGACAGUAUUAUUUUCAGGUGGUUAUGAUGCUGAUGGUGGUUGUGGUAUUAUUUGCCGUCUGCUGGACUCCAGUACUUGUCAACAAUGUUCUUGUUGCCUUCCAACACAUGGAUUAUUUGCAUAUGGGAUAUCUCAAGCCCCUAAGAAUGGUGUUCCAUUUGCUGUCUUACGCAAACAGCUGUGUUAAUCCAUUUGUGUAUGCCUUCAUGUCUAAGAAUUUCAGAGACGGAUUCAAACAAUCUAUUCUGACAUGUAUAAAGGGCCAGGCCUAUCUUGGGCGAUCACAUACCAUAGCGCGUUCUAUGACGUCAACAACGCGCGCAUCUAUGUCGAACGGUUGGUCCAUGACUAAUGGAAAUGAUGGUAAAACGUCAGGUCAAAGAUUUGAUUCUAUUGCACUCCGUCGGCCAAGUGAAUUCGAUGACACGGACAAUAGACGUCUGUAAUUUCAUUUGCUGUUAUGUAGAAUGACAUGUGUUCAAAAUGGUCUCAAUAGAAACUGUCGUGUAGAAAACUUCAUUUGAAAUAUUCAUGAAAACACUUUCAUGAAAUCAAGUUCGAGCUAUAAUCGUCAUUGCAUGAAACGGUGUCAUUUGUAUUAUUAUACAAACGAAUUACGUAUAUACUUCUUAUGUUUUUAAAUCCUAGAUUUUAAAGUAAAGCUUAUUUCUAUGUAUGGAUUAAAUAAGUUAAAAUGUUUAUAUUUGGCGUUACCUCAUACAAGUGGUGCUAACUGUUGUAAAACAUAUAAAUGUGGAUUUCUAAAGUUAUAUUUCCGUUUAAGUUCACUAUUUUGACAAAGAAAUAUAACCUACAGAUCUGUUUUGAUAAUUGCUUUAUUUUGAUUAUGUUUAUGACAUGAACGAUAAUUUGUUUUCAGUUCUAGGAGCUACUUUCAUUUCGAGACUUUCUCUGGGUUUCAGCCUUAAAUAAUUAGAGGAGGCGUUUGUCUUUUCUAUUUGUACAAAAAACUGUCUGAUGUAACUUUUGAAUAUAUCAAACGGCAUGACAGUGUAAGCAGUUUGUAUACACAUACCAUAUGCCUGAUCUAAACAAACCGCCUAUUACACGGACCAAACAUUUACUGUAAAAAACUAGUUUAUAUUUAUGACGAGUAUUUACAUUGUUGGCUCAGCACCAUUUAUUUGUGGCAAACACACGUUUAGCAAAAGGUGUAACAAGAAUUGAAAAAGCAAAAAAAAAAAAAAAAAUGCAUAAAUCUAGUUCAUUACUUUCCAAUAACUCGGUUAUGUCAAGUUACGAAGAAGUUGUCAUUAUAUAUAUUUGCUGCUCGUCAAUUUUAAUUGCUUUCGUUUUAGAAACUCCUUUAUAAAUCAUUAUUAUUUUGUACUUGCCUUAAAUAAUGAGUACGAAACAAUGGAUGUUCUUUUAAACUAACACUCAGUACAUGUGAUCAGUCGUGAUUGUUCUUUAAUAAUAACAGAUGAUACUGAGGUGUAAUGAACUUGUUAUUUGAAUGUUAUGUAAAUAUGAUGUUUUGUUUUUAUGUAGAUAUGUAAAUAAGACACAAUAUAUCCGUUAAACUAAUACAAAUAUAUUUGAAUAUACAACUAAUUAAGAACAGCAAUACAAGCACAUCUUCUACACAAACACACAUGUGAAAUAUACUCACUCAUUGGUAAUGUCAACAUAAACACCAAAAUAAAUAAACGUUUAAAUAUACAUUUGCGAGCUCAACGGUAACUAAAACACAUGUAUAUAAGAUACACAUCCACUCACAUACACAAAUGUAAUACAUAUUUGGCAUUAUUUUUUCACCUAUACAGCAUUUAUUCAAUGAGCGGGACUCAUUGUUUUAAAUUGAAUAAAUACGUUAUGUAUAUAAAAUUGUGACCAAUAAUGAUAUUCAUGAACAUUUUGAUAUGAAUGUACUAUAUUUGCGCAUAGUUAAAUAUACAUUUGACCUUUUGAUCCUGAUAUCAAACAAUACUUCCAUUUAGACAGAAGCUUCCAAACUUAAAAAUAAAUACAUGCCAAUUUUUAUUAUUCAUAGACGAUAAAAUACUGCAUACCAGUACAUAUACAUAUUUUUGCAUGUCUCGUUUGCAUCUAAACAAAAAUCAAUUAAAAUAUAUAUGUCAUUCUGUGCAUGCAAUUUAUGAACAUAAGAGCUAAAAAUGUAAAUUUUAUAUUAUUGUUUGCUUUGACGCAUUCGGAAUUGAUAUAAUAUUAAUGUGUAAGGCUAACUUUGUCUUAAAGCAAUAAGGUUUUUCAUCAUGCAAAAUAAUAACCUAAUAUUGAUACAGUAAACUUCACUUAUAGCGAACACGGAUAUAGCGAACUUCCGGUUAUAAGGAACAAUUUAUUUUGGCCCGAAUUUUGCCCUUCUUUAUUUAAUAUAAAAAUAUACGGUUAUUGCGAACACGGUUAAAAGCAAUUAUCGCUUAUAAGGAACUCAUUUUUUAGUCCCAAUUUAGUUAAAAGUACAGAAAAUUACACUUUUAUAACGAACUCCAAAAUACAGGCUAUCCGUAAAUAGAACCCGCAUGUUUCGUUUUCAUUGGCGGCCGAAUGUACCGUUUAUUGUUGAAUGAACUUCAAUACAUCUAUGAAAAUGAAUUUGUAUAGAAGUACGUAAUAGUUUUAUAUUUUGGAUAUUUUAGCACGAGUUCUUUUCACCAAAAUAAAACGGUUAUUCCUUUAAUUCUUUUAUUUACCUUUUCUUAAAUAGUUUUGCUCGAGUAGAAUAAUUAUGAUAAUUUAUAAUCCGUUUUUUAACAUAAUCAGCAUGCUUGCAAGCAUAAUCCAUUGAAAACAUUAAAGUAGGCUCGAUUGAAAUGGAAAGAAAUCUAUAUAUUUUAUCUGUUAAAGCACGGAUUUAUAUUAUAAAUCCGUGGUUAAAGUCACCCUUAAAAUAUAAAAGAAGAUAUUCAAUAUGAAAGGAAUGAAAAAUCGAAAAUCUUGUUUAUUCUCAAUCAUGGAAGGAAAACGAAAAGCCUAGGCCCCGUGUUUACAAAUAUAAAAGGAUAGGAUCAAAUUUAAAAGCUCUAAUUUCCUUCAUUUUUUAUCCUCACGGAUUGAAUAUCUAAUAUUAAUUUGAUAAAACUGGGCUUGUACUAGCAAAUUAUUGAAAUUUUAGAAUAAAUUAAUUGUUAUUUGUACAUGAUACGGCUAUUUUACAGUUGAACCAAAUAUUGAUCCUGAUCCUAAAAUUAAUCCUUAUUUUGAUUCAAAUAUUUUUGUACAUGUAUUUGUUUUGUUAUUUGCAAAUAGUUUGGUUUCUUUGCAAAUCAGCAAUUUUUAACCUUUUGAAUAUUUACCAUUUAAGUCUAGCAAAACACUAUAAAUUCUAGAAACAUAAAACAAUGAAAAUAAAAUCAGGAUCACUUGAUCCUACAUGAUCAUGAUCCUUUCUUUGUGAAUCAAAUGCUCUUCACAAAGGCGCACGAUGGUAAACAAUCAGUUCGUUAUAUGUUAAUCUGUUCGCUAUACAAGGAACUAAUUCGCUAUAUGCUUAGAAGGAACUUCGGAUAUAAUGAACAAAUUUUGAAUGUCACAAUGAGUUCGCUAUAAGCGGAGUUUACUGUAUAUGUUAUAAGCUCUUAUUGUUCAAACAUUAGACUUAAAUGAAUUAUUAUUUGUAUUGUCAUUUACAUCUUUAAAUCGUCAUGAUUUAAUUUUUCAGAUAUGUUAUAAAGAACUGUCUCAACAAUAUUUCACGUUAUAAUGAUCCACCAGUACAGUUGAUUAUAUCUGAACAGUAUUAAAAAAUCUAAAACUGAUAAAACAUAAUAAAUUAAAAUCAUAUUGUAACAUGUUAAUAAAUUAUGAGCUUUCUUCACUUUUUAUUCACAAUAUUUUGUUUUCAAAAUCGAUUGUAAUUAACACAAACGAUGUAAAUCGCUUUAAGAAGAAAUAUAUUCAGGAACUGUUGUAUAAUUAUGUGACUCUUGUCAUUGCUUUAACACUAUUAGUUAAAAAGACUUUUGACAAAUUAUAUAUACAAACGGAAAUAACCGCUUAAAUACGGUCAUAUAACCUGUCAAGAAUCUUAUAACAAGUUUAUAAUACUGCAAACUUCCUGCUUUACAGCAAAAACUGAAAUCACUUCGCAAAAAAUCGAAUUCAGCCGUGUAAUACUAUAUACAUGUAGAUUAUUUAAACGUCAUGAUUGUCCAAUGAAAAACAACGUUACAAAAAAUGCAGUAUUAUAAUAAUAUAAUAAUAAUACAAACGACCAAGCGUAAAGUGUAAAAGAUCAUAUGCUAUUCACGCUACGUCUUAGGUGUAUCAGAAUAUUUGAAAUGAAAGUCACAGAAAUUUUUAAUUCUUAAAAACAAACUUCUAAUGAUUUUCAAUACAAUUACACUUCCUUGCAUAGUACAUUUACACAAAUUAGCUUUUACAUUAAUUUUCUGAAAUUAUUUGAGAUUUUAUUGUCUCAAUAAUCUGAUGAUUUUACAUUCAGAUCAUGUACUGUUCAGUUGCAUGCAUCUAUGUUCUAUUGUUGUGUAUAAAGGAAAUUACAUUUUUAUCGUUAUCAUUUUGUGAAAAUAUCAUUUUUUCAUGCAAUAUUAAAAAUGUUUUCAUAUAUUUGUGACAAUGUUGUACUCUUUCAGCAGAUUAUAAAAUACAUACUAUUUUUACAACCA